UCCCGCCCUCUGGCUGUUCCCCGGCUAGCGCGGGGCGGCAGUAGCUAUGGCGGCUGUGACCGAUGUGCAGCGGCUACAGGCCCGUGUGGAGGAACUGGAGCGCUGGGUGUACGGGUCGGGCGGGCCGCGCGGCUCGCGGAAGGUGGCUGAUGGCCUAGUCAAGGUACAGGUGGCUUUGGGGAACAUUGCCAGCAAGAGGGAGAGGGUGAAGAUUCUGUACAAAAAGAUUGAAGACCUGAUCAAAUACCUGGAUCCUGAGUAUAUUGACCGCAUUGCCAUACCUGAUGCCUCUAAGCUGCAGUUCAUAUUAGCAGAAGAGCAGUUUAUCUUAUCCCAGAUUGCACUCCUGGAGCAGGUGGAGGCCUUGGUGCCCAUGCUGGACAGCGCUCACAUCAAAGCCGUUCCUGAGCAUGCUGCCCGCCUGCAGCGCUUGGCCCAGAUCCACAUCCAGCAGCAGGACCAGUGUGUGGAGAUCACUGAGGAGUCCAAGGCUCUCCUGGAGGAAUACAACAAGACUACAAUGCUUCUCUCCAAGCAAUUUGUGCAGUGGGAUGAACUGCUUUGCCAGCUAGAGGCCGCUAAGCAAGUGAAGCCAGCAGAGGAGUAAUGGCUGCUUCCCAUUCCAGGGUGGGCCAGGACGGCAAGGCUCAGGACUCAAAGUGCGAAACUGCCUUUGUAACAGGGCAGAAGCAGCUCUGUAUUGGAUUCACAACCUACCUAUCUGCAUUCAGGUGGGGCUCGGAGGUCAGAGGUCUGGCUACUUGAGGUUUGCUGUUUGCACUCCCUCCCCACAUUAGUGUCCUAUUCCAGUAACAAUAAACUAUAGAAAUCA